CAUUCAUCACUAGUAUAUACAAAAGAUAUUACAAAUAACAAGCUUGAUAUACAAGUAUAUGACCAUUGGAGUGACGAUACUGGCCAAGAUGCCUGGUUUACAGCAUCUUCUCUUCAUACCGUGUUUGAAAAUCUUGAUCCAAAGCCAAAAUGGAUAACAAUAAUGUUGGACAAUGGGCCUCACUAUCAUUGUACAGAAUUGAUGCUGAUAAUAGGUCAAUGGAAAGAAUGAUAUCACAAGCAAUAAAACGUCAUGUCAAACUGGGUUGUACAAUUGAAUCUGGUGAUGAUAUAGAGGCAGCAAUUCAUGAUAUUGCAGGAACAAAAGUUGCCAACUUGCUGCCAAAUCGUAAUCAAGGAAAAGAAAAAAUUGGUACAAUAGCUGGAAUUAAAAGUCUACAUGAAUGGACGUGGCCAGCUCAAGGAGAGGAUACAGGAUUCGUAUGUGCUAGGAUUUUGCCUGGAAUUGGAGAAUGGAAGAAAUGGUCUCCAGCUCAAAUAAAAAAAAUUCGAAAGCAGAGAAAAAAUGAAAAGCCCAAUCCAGAAUAUUCUACUCAUACAGAACCAUCUAAAAAAUGGACGUUACCUAUUGUUGUCAGUAAAGAUGAUUCUGUCACCAAUGAUGAAUUUUUGGAAUUGGAUCUUUUGAAUUCAAGUUUGAAUAGUAUGGAUAUUACAAAUGUAAUAGGAAGUUCAAAAAAGCAAAUUCACGAUGUAUUUGUAUCUGGGUGGGCCCUAAAAUCUAACAAGAAUUACAAGCGGGAAUCAUGGAAGUGAAUAUCUAAAAGUGCGAAACAUUUAUUAGAAAAUAUGUUUCAUACCGGAACAGCAAAUCCAAAUAACAAAUUUUCAGCUCAACAAAUGUAUGAGGAACUUGUGCGACGUGUUCAACUUGGAGAAUUAGACGAAAAUGAUGUACCUAA